UCGUCACCAAGUCGUGCGUUUUCGGCGGUGGCGGCCACGGCACUACAACCUUCGACUCGCUUUGCGACUGCUGAUCUCGUCGCCUCAGUGCUUCACCUUGACUUUUGGGAUGACGAACAAGCAAGCACCAUGUACGGCGACGAGAACAUUCCUGACAUUGCCACCUUGAUAACCACAAUCAAAUCCGACCCACUAGUCAUCGAAAAUGGAACUAUUACUAUUCUCGGAGGAUUACUGGUGGCAUUUGUAAACUCAGGUAAUUACGACGCCAGAUAUCGGGUACUUCUUAGGCAUCUCGCUACACUGCUGGGUGUUGUCUGGGAAGACUUUGAAGACAUUGAGGAUUCGUUAGCGGACACCAUCAUCGCCGAGGUUUUCGUGGAAACAAAGCACUCAAAAUUGGCUCGCGAAAAAGCGCAGAGGAACAAGAAAAUCAAACGAUUUCUCCUUGUUGGCGCCGCCGGAGGCAUCGGAGGGGUGCUCAUCGGUAAGACGUUUCGAGUACUCAAAUACUUCCCAUAG